GGUGUCUGCUGGACCGGCCAUCAGACAAGUCGCGCUCCCACCCGUCAGACAAGUCGAGCUCCCACCGAGCGGUGCGGUUUCCGCCAACCUUCUCCGGGGCGUGGUAGAGCAUUAUGCAAAAAUGAAACAUGAUAUGUACCUGAGCCACAUCCGAGAAUACGCCCCGGACGUCGACUACAUGGACACGCGCCACAUGCAUCACACCCUCGACAGCGUGCCCCACAAGGAAACCGACACCACCUCCAAACACGUCUGGAACUCCCGCACCGACACCUUUCGCAGCCGCUCGAUGUACAUGACGCCUGCCGAGCUCUGGUUAAAGAUUCAAGGCGAUAAGCGCACACCGGCCAAUCACGAACCGAUACCCUUCCAGCUCCCCCGGCCGCGCACUAUACCCGGGAACGCUACCGAUAAGCACAGAAGACUAGCCGCAGCCCUCUGGGACAUGUUUCACCCAGGCCAACCGCAACAGCGCGCCAAGAAAGCGACCAAGAUACGCACGAUCACCCGCUCGGUAAUCCAUACCCGCACCCUCCCCCCAACACCCAUCACCAUCGACUACGGCGACCUCUCCCCCACCACCCCGAAAGACGCACAGUGGGUCGACAUCUCCUCCGACGACGACGUCGUGAUCGUCUCCGAGACGCCCGCGCCCGCUGUUGCGAUCACGUCGCGUUUGGAGUCUACUGUCACCAUCUCCAGCGCCAGUCCCUCCGCUUAUUCUUCCAAUUACCCCGUCACGCCGGGCCUUACACCAGGUGCUGCUCACAAGACGUACCCGGCAAUCACAUACCCCGUGCCCCAUAUCGUCGCACUCCCGACACCUCCCGCCAACCACCUUAAGCGCACCCACACCGGCCACCCCAAAACACAAACGGAAAUUAUUGUCAUCGAUUCGGACUCUGACAACGAUCAGGAUAAUAUCAGUAAUGUCGCCGAUAUCGAUGACAACGCACCCUCAUCGGACUCGGCGCCUGAUUCGUCUUCCAACGACGAUGGUGGUGAUGAUGAUGUGGUGAUGGAGAAAGCGGGUAAAUUGAUGCGUGGGUUUGAAAGGUUGAAAAAUAUUUGGACGCCGCAUAAAGAUAAGAAGGCGAGGGUUGAUGAUGGAGAGACGGAGAUGGAAGACGGGCAUUCGAUGGAGGACGGGGCGGCUGGGAUUGGGGAGUGGGUUAGUGGGGUUGUUGGGGAGGGGAAGUGAUGUUUUGGAUCCAUUUUUGAACGGGAAACUUGCGACCCACGACUAGUGAUGGGCUACUAUGAGCGCUGGUCAAUUUCGGCGGUGGGGGGUUCAUUUUUGGGAAGAGACAAUUCGACUUGUUGGGAGUUUGAGUAUGGUUAUGAAAAGAUGUGAUGCUGGAGAAUACCCGCAAUGGAACCGAAACAGAGGCGCCGAUAUGAAAAGGCUUUUCGAAAUGUGAAUGUAUAGCGUGAGGUUCUCAGUCUGCCAGUUUGUUGUUGUAAUGUGUACAUUUCUAAUUGAGUGACUUUGGUCUGAGUGACUUUGGACG